GCCAGGCACCGUUCGGAGCUGGACGUGUACCCAUACUUCCUCAUACCUGUCCCAUCCGAUGGAAAACGACUCUGCAUUUGUCGCGCCCGAGGGCGUGUAUUCUGUCACAGAGGAGUACAAACCCCUGCCGCUCCCUGUGCAUCCGACCCCCUCCGCACUCCCCCAAUAUCCGACGCGUCUGUCCACAAUCACUGUCCGUUUUCCGGCAUCGAAACAGGGAGGUAUUGGCGCACAGGGUCUCGCACAGCUGCUUGGUGCGACGAAGGACUUCAAACGAGAUAAAACAGCCAAGGAAGAUGGCGUUAGUUUGUCCAGCAGCGACACGCCAGAAGAUGUCAUGGGCUCCCCUGACCCAUCUAAUGCAGGUGUCACCGAAUCGACAGCCGUAACAUCCCAGGAUACCCCAAACAUGUUCUCGCACCCGUCUAUUAGUGGAAAGAAGAAAAAUGCCUCACGCCCAAAGAAUAACAUACGGACCACAUCCUCGACCUUUAUAACACGUCUCCAGAGCGCGGAGGGGUUGACAAAGCUUCUGUCUUCAAAACAAGGAGACGCUACAUUCAUGUUCUAUAACUCGGGCAAGGCUUUUCAUUGGAUAGAGGUUGGCUCAAAGUCAAAGGAUCCUCUAACGAGAAUCAGCUUCACCGCCUUCCCGACUUGUCAUGAUGUAAAUACACAUACUGCUUCAGCGGAUCGACUAGACGUCAUCAUUGGCUUCAGUACUGGCGAUCUCAUCUGGUUCGAUCCCAUAUCCAGUCGUUACGGGCGUUUGAACAAACAGGGUGCCAUUACCACCGCAGCUUGUACAGCUGUUCGGUGGGUCCCAUCCUCGCCUACUUUGUUCCUUGUCUCCCACGCCGACGGCACCAUCAUCGUAUACGACAAAGAGCGCGAAGAUGGGCAGUUCACGGCCAGCAUGCCCACUACGCCACCACGACCACUGCGACCUGGUUAUUCGCCUCCUCCAACACAGGAUUUAGAGGUAGAAUGGGACCCACUCACGAGCAUAUAUGUUACUGCACCUCCAUGGCACCCCAUGACGUCGGGAGGUACGACCCCUGGGCCGGCCAAGGGUGACAAAGACAAGGCAGUCAAAAACCCUGUCAGUCAUUGGCGAGUUUCCCAGCGCUCAGUAGUGGACUUCGUUUUUUCGCCUGACACCAAAUACGUGGCUGCAAUCUCGGAAGAUGGCUGCCUGCGAGUUAUUGACCCAUUCGCCGAGCAGCUUGUAGACUGUUACUCAGCAUAUUUUGGUGCCUUGACUUGUGUAGCCUGGUCGCCUGAUGGUCGGUUUAUUCUGACGGGAGGCCAAGAUGACUUGCUUACCAUUUUCGCACCCUUGGAACAGCGGGUUGUAGCCCGUUGUCAGGGUCACUCAUCAUUUGUCUCUGCGGUGGCAUUUGACGAUCUUCGUUGCGAUGGGCGCAAUUAUCGCUUUGGUAGCGUUGGCGAGGAUAACAAACUUAUACUGUGGGACUUUUCAAGCGGAGUUCUUCAUCGCCCUAAACUUGCGACGCAUCAUGCUCGCUUUUCUAUGGCAUCAACUGUUUCCCUUGCCUUCCGGAAAGGUACAGGGUCUGCUUUACAUCUGCCAGGUGCUUCCGUCAUCGGCUUUGAUACCAGUGCGCCACCACGAUACCAUCCAGCACCUUCGCGGAACGAAGUGUCCGUCGUUCAGCCAGUGUUGGUGAAGCAGCUGGAAUGCGAUAUCCUGACAGCCCUCUCUUUCCUCCCUCGUGCCCUCCUCACCGCAACGAAAGCCGGACUUGUGAGGCUCUGGGUGCGCCCCCUAGCCAUGAAAGGUCGACACAUGAAGCACGGUCACCGGGGCUUGUCAAUAUCUGACAUCAAAGAUGUCAUUGUGUAAAACAAGGUAUCCGAGGAACUUGGAAAGCGUUCUGCAGGCGGAUUUCACGCCUGGAACUACUUAUUAUUUGUAUUUAUAUAUGUUCUGUAUGCUCUACGCAUGACAGCGUUGUGUCGUUAUUUUACAUUUCAAUUUCUUCUGAGUAAUCCCCAGUGGCACCCUCGUCCAUGGUAUCAGGGUCAUCCGUCUCAGCAGUAAUGUUCCCCUCUUCGUCCAUGUCUUCCAUGCUCGCGUCUAGAUCUGGUCCAGAGUCAUUCUCUUCACCGUCGUGGGUCAUGGACGGUGCGUUCACUCCCGACUGCUCAGAAUCAGAAUCUUCCGACUCAGAUUCAGCGUCGUUUUUCUCUUCCAUUUGGGUCAUAUUCUUUCCGAUAGGUACAUAGUAUGUGAAACCGCGUGAUCUGAUGUCCAUACUCAUAUCCUCGAGCUCGUUCUCUUCGUCGCUUAGGUCGUCCAGUUCUCUGAUGAUGUCGCGUCUGUGGUUCAUCUUGCCGGGCCAUCUUUGCGGAAGCGGU